AUGAAGAAGAGCUUCUCUGAACCGGCUCUUGUUUCUGCGUUUGGUGCCUCUGAAAUCUUCCUCUCAGGCGCUUGGAUCCACACACACGUCUGGGUUGGUGAGGGCGAGGGUGAUCCUCGCUCCGAUGCGGGACAACAGGUCAUCAAACUGGGCGCGGGACAGGCGGAAGUACCGCUGAGAGCGGCCGUCAUCCAGGCGCUGCUCCUGGAGCGAGGAAAUGGCGGAACUCGCCAAACUGAGUUUGCCUCCGAAUGGUCUGGUGGACCCAAAUACAGCGACGAUGAUCCGGGACAGGGACAGGUAGAGCAUGAAAGAGGGGGUUUUGGGCUCAGUUUAGCUCCUCCUAAAUGGCACAAGGCAGGCCCAGCUCAAAGGAGGAAGCUGGUAGUCAACAAGGUGCGAAAGCAGGAGGAGAGGAUGAGGUGUAUAAAGGCCAUUUCACAGGCCAAGCAGGGAGAGUGGAUGAGAUGGGAGAGUGUGGAACAAUGCAAAAUCGGCUGGCAAGACCUUUGGUCAAUGGAAGAGAGUAGGAUCAGUUUCCUUAUCAGGUCAACAUAUGAUGUUCUCCCAUCACCACAGAACCUAAACCUCUGGGUAGGAGAGGAUCCCUCUUGUCCUUUGUGUUCAUCACCUGCCACAUUAAGGCACAUUUUGACAGGAUGUAAGGUGGCUCUUAGCCAGGGUCGGUUUAAAGGCAAGCGUAACAUGACCAAUAAGUUGCCGCCUGUUCUAGCAAAACAUUACACACAGAAGACAAUAUUCCUCCGCCCAGACGAGCAACCACCAAGAAAAGGUGUUAAAACCAAUUCUCGCCCAGGACAACUGGACGCUGCUAGGGACUGGAAGAUGCUGGCUGAUCUUGAUCAACGGCUUAUUUUUCCACCUGAGAUUGCCACCACUAACCUACGACCAGAUAUUGUUUUGUGGUCUGGAUCAGCACGCAUUGUUCAACUGAUAGAGUUAACAGUGCCAUGGGAGGAUGCGGUCGAUGAGGCAUAUGAGAGGAAGAAACUGCGGUAUGCUCAUCUGGCCACUGAAGCAGAACAGCGAGGAUGGAGAGUCCAGGUUUAUCCAGUGGAAGUGGGUUGUCGAGGAUUUGUGGCACACUCUACAACCCGGUUCCUCAGAGACGUCGGAUUCAGUGGCCAAGAGUUGCGUCGCACAGUAAAGAACUUGUCUGAAGCAGCAGAAAGGAAAAAGCGUCUUCUGGACAUGACGCUGUCCAGUGUCCACAGGAAUCAGCUGCAGUGUAUUAGGGGGUUCAAGUUUUCCCUGUGUCUGCGUGCGCAAUAA